GCUGCUGCGGCAAGGCGUCGCACGGAUGAGGAGCAGGCAGCACAGCGAGCGUCUGCGAUGGACUGCGCAGCAGGGGCUCCCAAGAGGCAGUCAGCAGGGAAAUUUCGCGCGCUGCAGGACAGCUGAGCGCCGACGGCCCGGCCACGCUGCUGUCAAGCAGGCCCGCCCCUCCGCACCUGCGACGGUGCCUUGCUUGCUGCUGCGAGCAGCGCUCGAAUCAACCCUUUCAGCAGCGCCGCUACUCUUAGCUUCCAAGCCGCAGCCAGUCGAGCACAAGCCUAGCACGGGCGCCACCAAGCAUCUUGCUGAUGCUACGUCUGUGUCCUCCGCAGCCGUGACACCGAGCUUCGGCCUCGGUGUCCGUCAUGCCUCGUCGACGGAGCUAGGCGUCAGCCCUGCCUGGACCUUCAGCGUCGGCGACCUCAGUGCACCUCUCGUCGGCACAUCUCCUGGGACAGCGUCCUCGUCUCCAGAUCGCCGCACUCGCAGGCUGAGGACCCUUCAUCUCGUCUCGGGCGCCGACGAUCGCGAGAUCGGGACGAUCGCGCAAGCAGCUUUGGACAUCGAAACGGGGACAGAGACGCGAUCGGCUGGCUUUGGCCCGUAAGAGGAGGAAGGGAAGUGCUGUACCGAGAGCUCGGUACUGCGUGGGG